AUGGGAAUAAUGAAACUGGCUUUGAUAUCCAUGUUUCUCUCUUCGCUGCUUUUCUCGACAGCAUCUCAUGCUUAUCUCGCUCCUCGUACGUUGCUUCACAGCUUGUCUAAAAGCAGCACCAACGGCAACCGUUCCUUGACCACUAAAGAACUCUGGUUUAAUCAGACGCUUGAUCACUACUCUCCAUAUGAUCACCGUAAGUUUCAGCAGCGGUAUUAUGAGUUUCUUGACUACUUCAGAAUGCCUGAUGGACCCAUCUUUCUGAAAAUUUGUGGAGAAUCUUCAUGCAAUGGGAUAGCCAAUGACUAUAUCAGCGUUUUGGCGAAGAAGUUUGAAGCAGCUGUGGUCUCACUUGAGCAUCGUUACUAUGGAAAAAGUUCACCCUUCAAAUCAACAACAACAGAGAAUUUGAGAUAUCUUUCAUCUAAACAGGCGCUUUUCGACUUGGCUGCUUUCCGUCAGUAUUAUCAGGAAUCCCUAAAUCUGAAGCUCAAUAGAACAGGCGUCGAAAAUCCUUGGUUUGUUUUUGGUGUUUCAUACUCUGGAGCUCUUAGUGCAUGGUUUCGUCUUAAGUUUCCACAUUUAACAUGCGGGAGUCUUGCAAGUUCUGCAGUUGUUCUUGCUGUUUACGACUACACUGAAUUCGAUCAGCAGAUUGGUGAGUCUGCCGGUGCUGAAUGUAAAGCUGCACUACAAGAAACUACGCACCUUGUAGAAGGAAGGCUUGCAUCUGAUAAAAAAGCAGUGAAGGCCUUGUUUGAUGCAGCUGAGCUUGACAUUGAUGGUGACUUCCUGUAUUUUCUGGCAGAUGCAGCAGCUAUAGCGUUUCAAUACGGAAAUCCAGAUAAACUAUGUUCCCCUCUUGUUCAAGCAAAGAAGAAUGGAGAGGAUCUGGUGGAGGCAUAUGCAAAUUAUGUUAAACAGUAUUAUGUUGGAAGUUUUGGCGUCAGCAUUCAAACAUAUGAUCAAAAGCAUUUGAAAGACGCUACUCUUAAUGAGAAUACUGGUGAUCGGUUGUGGUGGUUCCAAGUUUGUACUGAAGUAGCAUAUUUUCAAGUGGCACCCUCAGAUGAUGGUAUUCGCUCAUCACAAGUUAACACAAAAUACCAUUUAGACCUUUGUAAGAAGGUCUUUGGAGAAGGGAUCUAUCCUGAGGUUGAUGCAACUAAUUUAUAUUAUGGGGGCACAAAUAUUGCAGGUUCAAAGAUUGUUUUUACAAAUGGGUCUCAAGAUCCCUGGCGCCAUGCAUCAAAGCAAACUUCAUCUCCAGAUAUGCCUUCCUUUGUGAUCUCUUGUGAUAAUUGUGGUCAUGGAACUGAUAUGCGAGGAUGUCCACAGUCGCCUUUCAACAUUGAAGGUAAUUCUGAGCAUUGCAGUUCCCCUGAUGCAGUGGAAAAAGUAAGGCAUCAGAUAAUAGAAAAUAUGGACUUGUGGCUCUCUGAGUGCCAAGAUAGUGGUAGGAGUUCCAUGUGA